AUGCCGUCGAUCUGGCGGCCGAACGUGAGAGUGACCCUCGACGAGGAUGGUGAAGUCGAGGACACGGAGAGUGGGGGAGGGGAGGUGGCGAAGCAGGGGCCGAAGCGGAAGAGAGCCCCUCCCACAAAGGGGCCAUGCGAGCACGGGGUGAAGUAUCGGUCGCAAUGCAAGGUGUGCAGCGCUUGUCCGCACGGGAAGUGGCGCUAUCACUGCAAGGAGUGCGGUGGGUCUCACAUCUGCGAGCACGGUCGUGAUCGCUCUCGGUGCAAGGAGUGCGGUGGGUCUCAGAUGUGUGAGCACGGUCGUCAGCGCCACACAUGCAAGGACUGCGGUGGGUCUGGACUCUGCGAGCACCGCCGUCAGCGCUCCCGGUGCAAGGACUGCGGUGGGUCUGGAAUCUGCCAGCACGGUCGUGAGCGCUCUAAGUGCAAGGACUGCGGUGGUGCAUCAAUAUGCGAGCACGGUCGUCGGCGCUAUUUUUGCAAGGAGUGCGGUGGGUCUCAAAUCUGCGAGCACGGUCGUCAGCGCCAUCAGUGCAAGGAGUGCGGUGGGGGCUCAAUCUGCGAGCACGGUCGUCAGCGCCAUCAGUGCAAGGAGUGCGGUGGGUCUGGAAUCUGCGAGCACGGUCGUCGGCGCUCUGAGUGCAAGGAGUGCGGUGGUGCAUCAUUCUGCGAACACGGUCGUCAGCGCUAUUAUUGCAAGGACUGCGGUGGGUCUGGAAUCUGCGAGCACGGUCGUCGGCGCUCUCGGUGCAAGGAGUGCGGUGGGUCUGGAAUCUGCGAGCACGGUCGUCGGCGCGACAGAUGCAAGGAGUGCAGUCGUAAAUAG